AACGCAGUCGGCACGCGUUUGGCUUUCUCGCCUGGCGGGUUUUUUAUUUAUUAUUCGCUGAAGUGACAAGCUCUCAGAAACAACAAAUAUCGCAGUGAAUCGGGGAAAAGUCGGGGAAAAUCCCAGUGUGUUGGAUAAAGUAUAAAUCAUGUGCGAGGAAAUCAAGGCAAUUCGGAAAGUCGAAGGAGUUGAGCCAAAGAUGAAAUCAACAGCGAGAAAUUGCCAGUCAUAAAAAAAAGGGAAACGCAAGUGCUUCCAGCAAUAAACUUCCAUCAACUCUGUGUGGCAACCAAUACGAAAGGAACCAUGGCCACCAGUAUGUCGAAUAUAUCCCGGAACGGUGGCUUCUGUGGUGCACUGCAGCGGGCACCGCCGCCCAUGCCGCCGACCCUCAUCCGCCGAUUGAGCAGCCGGGAAUGCUACGGCGUGGGCAAGGUGAAGGUCAUGCUGCGGGUGGCGGAGCGGGACAGGAACGCCGACGGAACGGGAACAGCCGAGCCGGACUUUAUGGCCCUGGACAAGAAGAAGCGACAAGUCACGCUCACCGAUCCGAGAAAUGUGUGUCCGCCACCGCAGGCUGCCCAGGAACGAGCGCCGAUGGUGGCCGCACCCAAAAUGUUUGCAUUCGAUAACCUCUUCACCGCCGAGGAUAAACAGUCGGAUGUGUGUGCAUCGGCGCUGAGCGAAGUGAUACCCGCCGUGCUCGAAGGCUCCGAUGGCUGCCUGCUGGCCAUGGGAUAUCCCGCCACCGGACAGCCCCAAACGGUGGUGGGGGAUGUGGGCGGAGGUGGGAACGGGAACGGGAGUGGCACUGGCAGCGGGGGGGCGUGUUCCCUGGGAGCGGCCCCCUGCGCCAUCUCCUGGCUGUACAAGGGCAUCCAGGAGCGGCGGCAGAAGAGCGGCGCCCGGUUCUCGGUGCGGGUCAGUGCCGUGGGCGUCAGUGCCACCAAGCCGGAUGCCCUCUCGCAGGAUUUGCUCAUCUCACAUGCAGCCGAAUCUGACGACUCCCCGGGGAUUUAUUUGCGUGACGACUUCCUUGGCGGUCCAACGGAACUACGUGCACCCACCGCCGAGCGUGCGGCCCUGUUUCUCGACUCUGCGCUCGCCGGACGCUUAAAAAGUUCCGGUUCCACGGGAUCUGGCAGUUCUGCUGGGAGUUCUGGAUGUGCCGCCGCCCCCUUGGAGUCCGCCCUCAUCUUUACGCUGCACGUCUACCAGUACAGCCUGUCCCGCAAGGGCGGUGUUGCUGGCGGCCGGAGCCGUUUACAUAUCAUCGACCUGGGCGGGUGUGCGAAUCGCAGCGGGGGACUGCCGCUGUCGGGGAUCGGGAACAUACUGCUGGCGAUACUUUCGGGCCAAAGGCAUCCCCCACACAAGGACCACCCGCUGACCCCGCUGCUCAAGGACUGUUUGGCCCCCAUCACCUGCCAUGUGGCCAUCGUGGCUCAUGUGCGACCGGAGCAGAGCUACCAGGAUGCCCUCUCCACCAUUCAAAUUGCAUCCCGGAUUCAUCGCCUGCGUCGCAGGAAACAUCGAGUACCCAUGCCACUGGCGGUGGGCUUGGCCCAGGGACUCGGCGGCAAUGGCUCCUCGGCGGGAUCGGGGGCGGAUCCGUCGAGUUCGGAAAUCUCCGCCGACACAGUCAUCUAUAUGGGACCCAACGACGAUGCCACGGAUGGGGAACAUCCGCCCGUAUAUCUGCCAUCGCUGAGUGCGGGGGACAAUCGCGGGGUGAUGAGUAAAGCCCUCAAGGGGAGUGGGCUGGAGAAGCCCCCCUCGAAGUCCGCCUGCAACAGUCCCAUGAUGAUGAAGAAGGCCAUAGCAGCGGAGAAAGCCAAAAAGCAACCGGGAAGCAACACGGGAAGUCUGAAGCGACAGGCAGGAGCGGGAGCUUGCUCCUCGCCACUAGUUCCGCAUGAACAACCCCAGCUGCAGGCCAUGGGAUCGCCAAUUCCGAUACCCCGGCACAUGGUGUCCAAGGGUUCGAUGGUUCCCUCACCCAAGGGAUCGCCGAUGCGAAGGGCUCAUCCGGGAGCAGCGCUCGAACAAUUGGAGGCGGGUAUGAGAAAAAUAACCGAGGAGCAGUGGAUCGACGGACCUCGGGUUUCCAGGGCCAAAGUGGCAGAAGCUCGUCAUCUAAUGAGGGAGGUCAAUCAUGUCAAACAGUGCGAAACGUGGGUGGAUGGCCCGAAAUCGCAGUCGUGUCGAUCCCUGACAGCUGGAAAUCUUCCAGCAGCCGGCGGAAGUCAGACGCAGGGUUACGGAUUCAUGGAUGCCCACAAAAAGACCAUGAUUCGGCAGUGGGUGGAGAAUCAGACAACGCAAGUCUUCCAAAGUACAGUCUCCGCCAGCAAUUCGCCCACUGCCUUGCAUUGGAAACUCUCGCAGUUGAAGCAGAAAUCCCUGGACUUACCAGACAGACCGGCAUUCAAUACGGAACCCUCUUUGGAUCUCAAUCAGCCAGGCUUCGAGAGUUUACCACUCUUGGAUCCUGCUCCUCCGGAUGGCGAUGAAGACGAGGAUAGUGGCCCCUCGGAGGUUCCACCCGCUCUUCCAUUACUAGAUGAUCCUCUGGGCUCCAGGGAUAUAUCGCAGGAUAACCUGCACAGGAUGCUGUCGAGACAUGUGUCCAGGGAACAACUUUACGAGGCCGAACUGGUGGCCAGUAGAGCCUCAUCUUCGCACCAUCCAUCGCAGCGGAGUAUUGACUGUGGACUGCAGGUCACGGAGGAGGAGAUUGCCAGGACCAUGGCCAGGGAUCGGGACCAUGAUGCACAUCCUCUGUCAGCUCUGAGUCAUUGCGACAACGUAUCCUUUGUGUCCAGCUUCAACAUGGCCUGUGAAUCAUUCAGUGAGUGCGGCGAAAGAGCAAGACACCAAUUUGAUCAGCUGGCUCGCCUGCAUGAGAUUUUCACCUCCCAACUGGCGAUGGCCGAAGUCACGCCCCCCGCCGCCCUUUUCCGGACGGAUAUUGGAAGCGUUUUCAGUGAGCCCGUCUACCACUUCAAUGUGGGCCAGAGCAGCGUUUGCAGUGAACCAGCCUACAGAUUGACACCCAGUCCGCCAAAGCAACCGUCUCACAGUCCGAGUCAGGGAUCACUGCCCAGCUUGAAUGGCAUAAUGCAGAUUGCUGGAAUGGACGACUAUGCUCUACUUCGCCAGCCAGACGGAGCAUCCGAUCCGAAUCUUCAGAAGGGUGAGAAACGGUUUACGCCCCAGCACGAUGAUAUCUGCGAACUGGAUGAGAAAGCCAUGGCGGCGGCGGUGGGCAAGCGAAAUUCUCUGGAGGAUGCACAGCAUAAGCUGAACGAGAUCACGAACAUACUGCCGCUGGCUGCCCAAUCGCGUCUUCCACUGCUGCCCCUGAACACCAGUUCCGAGGCCUAUGACAGUGGUCACGAUUCCAACUCCACACCCAGGACCUCCAAGCAUUCGGGCAUAUCGCGGAGGGCGGAGAGUGGCUAUCACAGUGUGGCCACCGUUCGGGAUUCCGACGAGAGUAGCUUCGCAUCCGGCAUGUCCAAGGGUCAGCGGCAUCGCAUCACCGUUUCGGGAUCGGGAGCGGUCACCACCACAACGGGCAUUGGGAACUACCAGAGGCAGUGCCACAAGAAGCGACACCGACAGGAUCAGGCUGGGAAUAACAACAAGGGCCUCUGCAACUGGCUGCUGACUCCCUUUUCCUGCACUUAUCCAGAGACUGAGGGUGAGAUCAGCGAUUUUUAAAACAGCCAACAAGACAACCGCAUCCAAGUCCACCAACACCCACCAAAAACGCAGAGCUAGUCCAGCAUUCAAAAUGGCCAAAACAAAAAAGGAAAAAAUAUCAUACAGUUUUAGAAAAACACGACUAGGAUGAGGUAGAAGGAUAGAUGAUCUUUAAUAGCGACUGAUUAAAUUUUACUAGGCGACGUCUGCCACAACAACAAAAAACCAAACAUUAAAAACACAAACCAAUGAAAUUAAAACCAAGCAGAGAAAAAGAAAUUAUGCAAUUUUAAAGUAAUAUAAUAAUUAACGCAAUUACCUAAAGAACUCAUUAUAAAAUCAGUGGGUUUUGCAGGUUCAAGACAGUUUCAAAUUCUUAUAAAUAAAUUUAAAGACAAAACACACAUAUCUUUGGGCCCAUCUUUAUACGGUAUUGCCUUAAAAAAUUCGACUGCUCCACAUCAACGCAGUUUCUGAGCUAAAUCAAUACCAUAUCUUUUUUAAAAUCAAAAAAUAUUCAAAUUUAUUGUUUAGAUUUAACAAUGUCAAGAAUUUCCACUGUCUUACACUUACUUGACCCACUGUAUACGCUAUAAAUCAAUCGAAUCAAUCACUCACUCGAAUCACUCACUCACUAUAUACACGCAUAAGUUCAAACGGGGCUUUAAAUAUCUUAAGUUGCCAGCUAGAAUAAUGAAGGAUAAUCGGGACAGGCAUUUAAAAUGAAGAAUAAUACCGAGAACAACAUAACCAAAAUUCUUGGAAAAAAUAUGAAGGUCCCGACAAUCCCUAUUGUAUCUAUAAAUAUUGAACAUAAAUAUAUUAUUAACAUAAUCAGGCUACAAUCACUAUGACUUUACAAUGCAGAGAUACAUCUAUAUACAUACACUAUAUAUACACGCAUAUACACACAUAUAUAUAUACACACUCAAUAUACAUAUAUCAUAUAGCUAUUUAUUGUUUAGUUUGGGUUAUCUGUUCGGGCAGUCGAUUUAAGAUCAAGUAUGCUAAAUGUUGAAUGUUUGCUUAUUCAAACGAUUUAUUGCCAAUUAUAAGUUACCAAGUGUUUAAAUUAAUUGUUAGUUAGCUAAAGUUAUACACAUCUACUACUAAUCAUGGACAAGAGCGACAAGAACCACUGACUAUAAAGCGAAACGGUUUUUGCACAGUAGACAAAUGUUAAACAUACAAUUUUGUUGCCAUUUUUGCCUAAAUAAACUAUGUUACAAAACGAAAAACGAACAAAAUGAAAUGAAACCAAACGGAAGCAUAAGAAAAUUCAACAAAAAAUAAAUAAAUUAUAUAUUUAUCAGAGAUACAUAUUCUAUAAGGAAAGCGAAUCGAUGGAUGAUUUUAAGGAAAACCUAAUGCAUAUUCUAUAUAUAUAUAUAAAUAACAUAAUAAAUAUAUUAUACAACAUUUAAUGAAUGCCAGCAAAAUGAAAGACGCCCGGAGGUAUGCAACAAUUUGUGUGCCGUCCGAGGAUAGCUAAAAUUUUGUGCCGCUUUUGUUCGUUUCGAUUCGAUCAUCAAACUAUAAUUACAAAUAUCGACAUUCCUUCAUUGCCUUUUUAGUCAGCGUCAUCAGCAUAUAAACAAAGCGAAAUGUCUAAGCCAUACAACACACUAAUUAUAUUGCAUUAUCCAUACAUAUUUCGUACAAUUAUUAUUCCACUUAUCAAGCGUAGUUAAUCACCCACAAAACCCGCUCUCUUAUGCUUUAAAUUUUAAACAUAAUCACAAAAAAACCAAAAAUCCCCCACACAAGUCUUCUUUCAACCCAAAUUGCAAUGUGCAACGUGCAAAUUUCAACCUACGUACAUAUACGAUACAUUCAAACAUACAUCUAUGAUGGAGUCGUCGACUUCGGCGCUGAAUACAGACUAAUUAUUUUUUAUAAUAUAAACAAA